AUGGAUUUCCCACGCUUCGAGCAUAUGAAGGACGCUAUGAAGUGGGAACCCGAACGUCUGGCAAGGAUGCUGGAACGAGUCCGGCAGCUUGCAGCGGUGCUAUUGAAACAGGUCAUUAAAAAGCACUGGUCUGCUGAGGCGCCCAAGUAUGAGGAGCCCGAGCUGUCACGCGAUGAGCGGACGCAUAUCCAGACGGUCCUCCCCCAAGGACUUUCUGAUGCAAGCUCUAAGGUCCGAACAGCUGUGGCCAUGUGCAUCGCUGCAAUAUCCAAGACCGACCCUGACGGCUGGCCUGGCUUGGUAGAGAACUUGGUCGGCGCUAUCCAUGCCCAGCGCGCUGGCAGCACACCGUUGGUCCAUGGUGCCAUCCGCUGCCUGUCCCUUCUCAGUGAUGAUAUCGACGAGCAACAGCUGCCCCAGGUGGCCCGCGCCCUGCUGCCCGAGUUGCUCCCUGUUGUGUCUGAUACCAGCGGCUGUACUCCAGAGGACCUGAGGUCAGCGGCCCUGUCCAUCUUUCAUGACGUCAUCAAGGCACUCGCCGUACUGGGGGGAGUUUACCAGCGGCAGGAACCUGAUCCUCACCUAACGCACAAUCGCCUAACGCACAACAGAAUUCAUAUCGCGUAUAUAAUUUCGUGUUCGACUGUUUCCUCCAAGGUUCGGGACCUCCUGGUGCCACUGCCGCUGAACGUGCAGGACACGUCCGGCUGGGCCGUCCGCAUGCUGUGUCUCAAGUCCCUCACUCAGCUGAUCUCCUACUUCAGUAAGCCGUUGCAGCAGCACAUGGCGCUGGUGAUGCAAGUCAGCUGGGGGAUGUUCACGGGGUCGGUGGGGAUGUACCAGAUGCACCUGGUUCUGGAGCCAUCUGAGGGCGGGCGAGCUGGAGAGGCGGCGGCGGAGGGGCUUCCCGCGGAGGUGGACUCCGAGGGAAACUCCCUAGACCUGGAGUCGCUGCUGGCGCAGCUGUUCGAGCUGCUGAUGGUAAUAGUCGGGUUGCCCCAGUACGCCAAGCUCAUCCGUCCGGCGCUUCCCGAGAUGUCGUACCUGGUGGUGUCGUACAUGCAGCUGGUGCUCGGGGCGUAUCAGCAGAUGACCGGCUGCUUCUCACAUCAAAUGACCGCCAGCCAGGCUACCGAAUGGUUGGACAACCCCGCCCAGUAUGUGGCGGAUGAGGAGGACAACACCUUUACCGUGAGGGUCAGUGGGGAGCUGCUCGUGGAUUCGCUCAUGCAGGCUUUUGGAAUGGAUGCUGCUGCUGCGUUGCUAGAUGCCGUGGAGCGCCGGAUGCAGGAGGCGGCAGCGGCACAAGCCGCAGGGCAGGCCGGCUGGAAACUUCGAGAAGCGGCGCUGCUGGCGGCCGGGUGCUGCGCGGCGUCUUUCCCUGGCGGCCUGGGGGAAGGCCGCGGGGGCGCCAAGCAGCGGGCCACCGCGGCGGCUCUGCAGACCCGACUGCAGCGAGUGGUGGACGAGGUGCUGCGGACGGACCUGCAGGGUCCGCUGAUUAACCCGCUGUUGGUGGGUCGAGCGAUGUGGCUGGCUGCCCGGCUGCAGCCCAUCCUGCGAGCCGACCAGCGGGGGCCGCUGCUGGCGGCGGCAACUGCGGGACUGAACAGCGGCCUGCCGUCACCCGUCAAGAUUGGUACGUCGGCCGGUGGCUGGGUGGGUGGCUGGGCGGGUGCGUGUCGUGCCCUGGCCAGCCUCGCGCCCCGCGUCCCGCCUGAGGUGCUGGGCCCCCUGGCUGAGUCCUUGUACGGCGGGUUGUUGGGGCUGUUGGCGGUUAGUGGCGAGGACGCGCUGAACUUGGUGCUGGAGAGCAUGGUGCCCCUCAUCAAGGCCGACCCCGCGGCGUCCGCUCGAGCACUCCCCGCCUUGUCCACACCCUUGCUCCAGGUAUGGUCCCGCUACGUGAACGACCCUCUGAUUGCUGAGAGCUCUCUGGAGGUGUUGGCGGCUCUGGCUCGGGUGCCCCAGUGCCUGGGGCCCCUGGCACAGCAGGUCCUGCCGGUGGUUAGUCAGGUGGUACGACAGCCGGCGGGGCAGUCCCCCCAUUACUUAGCUCCACCCUUUGUGUGUGUGUAUCCAGACGGUCUCGCCGAGGGCUGUCUGGACCUGCUCUGCAAGCUGGUUCGCCCGGCCCAGCAGGAGGUGGUGGCGGCAGUAGCAGCCAUCUGCUACGGGCCCCUGUUGGCGCUGCUGCCAGGAGGGCCCAAUGCCGAGGUGGAUGACGACACGGGGGCCCUAACACACGGGGCCACGGAGCUGCUGGUGGAGCUGCUCCGGGCCGCCUCCCUUUCCCCCAUGUCAACCAGCCCAACUUCCGCCUCCGCUGCCGACGUCGACGCCGUCUUCGCAGCCCUGCUCGCCACAACGCUGCGCAUGCUGGACCCCGCCGCUGACGAAUAUCGGACAAGUCUUUCGGGCGACCUGGCGGCGGCGCUGGUGCGCUACCUGCCCUCCCGCGCAGCGGCGCAGCCUGCGCUGGGGCAGCUUCUGGCUGGGUGUUGUCGGAAGCUGGCGGCUAGUAAUUUGGCGCCGCUGGUGGGGGGGCUGUUGGCGGCGCUGAGCCACAUGGCGCUGGCGGGAGGAGCGGCUGGGUGGCUGGAGGCGCUUGGGGCGGUGCGUGUGGAGCCCCCGCAAGGGGCCGGCGGUGCUGGUCCCAUCACGGGUCUCCAGGCUGUGUUGCCAGUGCUGCUAGAGCGGCAUAGCGACGUACGGGGCGCUCUGGCUAGCCGGGUGGUUUGUUUGGCGCUGCUGGAGAUGCUCCGGAGCUGCCACCCGCUGCUGAUGGCCAUCACGGUGCCAGGUAAACGGCAGGACCUGGCGACUGGGGUGCGCACUCGGCGGCAGGCGGCGGCGGCAGGCGGUGAGCAGUGGACUGCCGUACCGGCGGCAGUAAAGGUGGCAGCUGUGGUUUCGGAGCUGCUUGUGGAUCAGCCUUGGCUAGAGGAGGAAGAGGACGAUAAUGACGAGGACGGCGGGAGCGCGGACGAUGAUGAUGAGGAGGAGUACGGCGAGGAUGACGAGGAUGACGACCUGUGCGAUGGCGACGAAGCGGAUGGGGACGAGGAGAUUGAGGACGGCGACGCCAUGAACGGCAGCGGUGAUGACGCUUCGGCGGUGAUCAGCAGCAGUGGUAGUAAGCUCAGGCUGUCCGGCAAGGGAAUCAACCAACGAGAGCCCCUUUCUCCUUUCACCCCCCCCCCACCCCCCCACACCUUCCGAAAUGCACCACAGCAAUCCUUCUUGGACACCCACAUCAACCGCAGCCCCAUACUGCCCGCGGAUUCUGCCGUGGUGGACGGGUGUGGCAGCUCGUCCAAUGACGCGAUGCAGACUCGCUCCGGCGAGGAGCGUUCCAACCCGCUCAUGUCCAUGGACUUGCGGACCCACCUCUUGGAGGCCCUUCGGCCGCUGCAGCAGCAGCCCGACACGGCUGCCUUCCUGGCCGCCGCCCUGGACCUCUUGCCCCAGAAGAAGCAUCAGAAGGUUCUGGAGGCUUUGACCUCAUCGGGGGCUGCUGCGGCGGCUGGAGCUGGUGCGGGCGGCUCACUGGGGUUCCUGAACAUUUGUUACAUGGCUAUCCAACUUUGGGCGGUUUUGGGGGCAUUAGCAGUUCGAGAACACGUGCUGGGCGUGCUGGGCGGUGUGUUUUGUGAGGGCGAUAGUCCAGCCAGUCUUAACACGGCCGCCUUGGUUCUUGGUCAUGCACUCUCUUUCCUGCAUGCCCUUUACCCGACGUACAAUCCCAUGUGUCUAUUCACGUCCCAGACUGAAAACAUGAAUCCUAAGGAAGGUCACAGUUGGGAUAAUUUGACUGCGGACCUUGUCGAGCGUGUUGUUAGCUUCCUGGAUCCAAACGAGGUGGUAUGUACCGUCAAGGAAAUCAAUAAGGCCAUGGCGAGCCAGUUUCGGGAAAAAGUAGCUAUUCGGUUGUCGCAGCCCGUACCCCAUCACGCGUUCAACAGGCACUGGAGCCGCCCGGAGGCAGUCCAUAACUUCGUGCGAGAUAAGCGCCGAGAUCUCCUACUUCUGACUGCCCGCAGCGGCAGCCUGGCCAACCUGCAGGUCGCUGUCAAGGCAGCGGGCUGCAAGUUCUCCUGGGAGGUCUUACACGCAGCAGCCGAGGGCGGCAAUCUUGAGAUGUGCCAGUGGCUGCAGGGAGAAGAAGACUUCCUCUUCUUGUAUGGGUCAGCGGCAGUAGCAGCUGCCCGAAGUGGCCAUCUGGAAAUGGCCCGGUGGCUGCUGCAAGAGGAGUGUAAUUUUGCAGAGCGAGAGAGAGCUGAAUCCGAAGCAUUUGAAGCAGCCUCCUAUGCCGGUCAUCAGAGUGUGUUCGAGGGGCUCCUGAAGGACUGUCUGAGUGACCCGAGCCCCGAGACGUGUCUUGCUGGUGCUGCCCGCGGUGGCCAUGUGGGCCUCACACACUGGCUCCUUCAGCAAUUUGAGCCAGAAUUAGGGCAAACGUCGAGCUUCAGAGAGCCGUGGAAGGCCGAUAUUGUCACGGAAGCUGCAUAUGGCUUCGACCUGGCGGCAUUGCAGCACCUGCACCGGACCCUUCUGACGUAUGGUGGUGAUGGUGGCAACGAUGCCAGCAGCCUACGAACCGUUUACACCCUUGUGGAGGCCCUGGUGGGCCCGACCCCCGACUGGCGGGCCAAAGUCGAAUGGCUGCAGGCUCAGGGCUGCCGCUUCGGUAACCUUGAGUACUUCAAUUUUGGGGCCAUUGUCAGCCGCCCGGAUUCUGUGGAGCGGGUGCAGCGGCUGCUUAUGGAGGUAGCGGAAAAGGGUGUCGUACAAAAUAUCUUAAUCAAAUCCGUACAAGUUGAUAACCUGGCCCUGAUACGCUACUUGCGAGCUGGGAGGGACUGGCUUCCAGAACGCACGAGCUGGGCAGUGUUAAUAGCAGUGCGUGCCGGCAAUAUGGCGCUGCUGGUCGAGCUGGUGAACUUGGGCUGGCGGCUUGACGAGGACACUGCACUGGCCGCUGUAGAGGAGGGUCACCUGCACAUCCUUAAAUGGAUAGAUGCAGGUGGUGGUCGGAAGCUCAUACAGGAGGUCGUGCGGCGGCACCCGGCUCUGUUGAAGAAUGCAACAUCGUCUGGUAAUGUGGAGUUCAUGGAAUGGCUGCUAAAUGAGCUAGACGUGCCCUGGAGUGGAGAGGAGCUUCUUAAUGCAGCGGUGGAGGCAGGCAGCCCAGCAUUACUGGAGUGGCUUGUGGCCCGGGGCUUUCCCAUGGGGGACGAUGGUGAGCUUUACGUAAGGGCAGCGCGCUAUCACGACCUGCUCACUCUGCGCUGUCUGAGGCGGCUGGGCUGCCCCUGGGGCCCCGACGUCUUCAGCCGAGCGGUGUACGACAUGGGCAGUUGCACUAUCGAAACGGCUUUAGAGCUCCUUCAGUGGCUGCACGCCGAGGGCUGCCCGGUGGAUUGGGAGGAGGCCAGGAGCCGGGCCAAGACCCGAAUAAGUGCGCAUCGGAGAAAUGCAAAAGAUGUCGCUAUUCAUGACUGGAUUGAGAGCAUAGCGCCGAGUUAG